UCGUUGCGACACGCAUAAAUCUGCUCCAGAAACGAAUCCCUCAUCACGUAGGUUUUGUCUGACUCUCCAGAGGCGCAGAAGCCCUGGAUAAAUGCUUGUUAAAUGAAUGGAGUUAACUGAUCAUCGGAAACUCCGCUUCCGCAGCACUAGGGACAAGCCUCGGGGUGACGGAGGAGCCGGCGCUCCGCUGCCCCCUCUCUGCCCGCCAAGUAAACCGCACCGUUACCUUCCCGCGGUCCCCGGGGUACUCAACUCCGGCCGGGUCACGGCAGGGGCGGGCCGCGGAGGGGGCGUGGCCAGCGCUGGGCUGGGGGUGUGGAUCGGAGUCCCGAGCGUUAAGAAGGGACAGUGGAGGCUGGUGAAGGUGGCUUGCGGUCAGUUGCGCCACCCGCCCACUCUUCCCUGGAGCGCCACAACAAAGGUCACCGCGCUAUGGAUACCGCCAGGGACUAUGCCGGAACCCUGAUAAGGCCUUUGACUUUCAUGGGAUCACAAACCAAACGAGUUUUGUUAACUCCCCUCAUGUAUUCAUCUCGGCCUUUCCGGGUCUCAAAUCAUGACAGAAGCAGCCGACGUGGUGUGACAGCCAACACAUUGAAGGAACUCAUUAGCAAGACCCUGGAGGCUUUAACAAUUACUACUGGGCUGGUUACUUUGGUGUUGGAAGAAGAUGGCACAGUUGUGGAUACUGAAGAAUUCUUUCAGACCCUAGGAGAUAAUACACAUUUCAUGAUCUUGGAAAAAGGACAGAAGUGGACACUGGGUCCUAAAUAUGUUACUCAGAAGCAAAAAAGGUCUGGAAUUGCAAGAGUCACUUUUGAUUUGUAUAAGAUGAAUCCCAAAGACUUCCUUGGAUGCUUAAACGUGAAAGCCACCAUGUAUGAGAUGUACUCUGUCACCUAUGACAUCAAAUGUACAUCUGCCAAAGCUGUGCUGAGGCACUUGUUGAGGUUUAUGUCCUAUGCUGCCCAAGUCACUGGACAAUUUCUCAUCUACUCUGGGAAUUACAUGUUACGUGUGCUUGACAAUCCUGAUGAUUCUGCCCCUCCUCUGAAACCAAGAACCAAGGGAUGGCUCCUAUAGGGGGACAGUGCCUUGCAUUAAAGGAAUUGUAGAUGGCUCCUUUAGUUCCCUUCUCAAUGUUAACUUUUAAAUGACAUAUCAUUGCAGAUAUUGGCCACUGCUACUCAAUACUAAUAAUUUAGAUAAAAAUUAACUGUGGCUAGUUUUUUGUUUCUAGGAAAUUUCUUUAUGCUAAUGAAAGGGAUGAUAUGCAGAGGUGAGCCUGGAAAAAAGGGUUAACACAGUGGGCUUCCAAUGACUGAAAAUGGGAAGAGAUAUCCUCUGUGAAAUGCUACAAAGAAGACUAAAUAAAUAUCUUACUCAAUAAA